AUGAAAAGUAGAAACAAUAUUCAUCAUCAUAAAAAGAAAAACGAAGUUAAUAAUACACUGGAAGAAUAUAAGGACAUAAUACCAGAUAUUGAAAUUCAAAUUGAGAACUUAUUAAAAAAGUUUCAUAUUACAAAAUAUGAUUAUAAAAUUACUCAUUUUUUAAUUGACAUAAUACAAAAUGAAUCCCUUAAAAUAUUAAAAAAUGCCAAGCAUAUUAAGAAGAAUAUAUAUUAUAAUAAUUAUAAUGUAAAUGAUGAUAAUAUAAAUUAUUUUAAUAUUAAUGAGGAAUAUAUAAAUAAUAAGGAAAAUAAUGAUAAUAUUUAUAAUGUGAAAGAAAAUGCGCAUAUAAACCAUGAUACAUUAUACGAAGAAAAAUAUAUACAAAAAGAGGAAGGGAAAAUUAAGGAUAUAAAUAAUAAUACAGAUAUGGAAAAUAUAAAUGAAAAAAACUCACAGAAUAAAUGUAGUUCACACAUGUUAAAUGAUUUAUUGAACAAUUUUAAUGAAGAUAGUGUUAUAGAAAAAAGCUCACACAUUGAUGUAGUUAAUAAUAUAGAGGACGAAAAGGUUAACAUAAAUGAUGCUGAAAAGAUUGAUAAUGAAAAGAUUGAGAAUGAAAAAAUUGAUGCUGAAAAGAUUGAUAAUGAAAAGAUUGAUAAUGAACAAAUUGAUGCUGAACAAAUUGAUGAUAAAAAAACCGAUGCUGAACAAAUUGAUGAUAAAAAAAUUAAUGAUGAACAAAUUAAUGAUGAACAAAUUAAUGAUGAACAAAUUAAUGAUGAACAAAUUAAUGAUGAACAAAUUAAUAAUGAACAAAUUAAUGAUGAUAAUAUUUCAAAUAAACCGGAAUUAUCAUUAUCGGAUAUUUUUAAUACUAUCGAAUGCACAAGUAAUAAUAUCCAAGAGCAAGAAAAUAAAGACGAAUUAAUUAAUAAGGAUAUACCACCCAUUAAUAAAACUGAUAAUAAAGAAAAUAAUUAUAUUCCUAAAAAUAAUCAUCUAAACUGUAAUGACAAUAAUCAAAAAAAUUUACAAAAUAUUAGUAAUAAUAAAAAUAAAAUACGUGAUGAAGUAUUAAUAAUUGAUGAAGAAAGUGUAAAUCUAGCCAUUAAAGAAUAUGUUCUCAAAACCAUUUAUAGAAAGAAAAAUGUAGAUUUCUUAUAUGAAAAAUUGGAAUUUCAACAAAAGGAUAACCUUAUGGUUAAUAGAAAUAUAAAAUAUCCAUCUGGUCUUCCUCCAUAUUUACCAGAUGAUUGUUCUGUUAAUACCAUAUUACCAUCAUGGGAUAUAAAAUAUAACUUCAAUUCUUCAAAACGAAAGAUUAAAAAAUAA